UCAAUGAUCUAGCGAUAAAAUUGAUACGGUGUAUUUUUAAUGCUGUAGCAUUAUGAAAGAAUCGAAUAUCUAUAUCAAACUGAAUGAAACCGCAUAACAAAUGAUAACAUAAGAUGGAAAUGACAGCAAGAAUUCCUCUCAACUGAACAUCAUCGUGCACAAGAGAAUCGUGGCAUCAUCUGUUCAUUUUAUUGUGAAGCAUUAUACGCUGGUUUACCAUCGAAAUGUCAUCAAAUAGCAGCCCUGUAUUCAUUAGCAAGAAUGAGCUGAAGCCGUUCACGAAUUGGACCGAUAUAUUAUAUGCGUUGGAGCAAGCUUUCUUAUCUGUAUCCAACACAUCUAAGGAAACCGGCUUACCAUUCUGCUCUCAACCAGCGCGAUCAUUAGUACAGGCAGGCGAAGUAGGUCUUCUGCUUUGUAUGCCUGGAUUUUUGGGAAAUCACUGCAUUCUCAGAGACUGCCCUGAGUCGUCACGCGUGUCAACAUUGGCUUGCAAACUAAUUGCUAGUUUCGGUGCAAAUCUACGAUUGGAAACACCGAUCCCCGACAUCAAUGGAAACAUUUUUCUAUUCAAUGAGAAUACUGGUAGAUUGCAGGCCACCUUGGAAGCAAACUAUCUCACUGGAUUACGAACCGCAGCUGCUUCUAUUGUUGCCACUGAACAGAUAUUCUUCUCAAGAACGACCAAUCAAUCGGCAUUUGUGCUUGGGAUUAUUGGUACAGGAACACAGGGGGAAUUUCAUGCAAUCGGUUUUCUUAACACUCAUAAAUUUGUUCAGAUUAGAUUAUGGAACCGAACAAAGGCCCGUAGUGAACAUCUCAGAACGAAGCUGUUAGAACUGAAACCGAAUAGCAUCAAUUCAAACGUGCAUAUUUCGGUUCAUGACUCUGUGGAAGAAUGUUGUAAAGAUUGUGAUGUGAUAGUGUCAGCAACCAGUUCGAGUACCCCACUGAUAUUCAAUCGUUUUUUGAAAUCCAACGUGCACAUUAAUGCUAUCGGAGCUGGACGUUCUCAUCAUGCCGAACUUUCUCAAGAUGUAUACGAUGACUGCAACGUGUUUAUUGAUUACUGGAAUGGAGCUCGUUCAGAACUGGCUACUUUGAAAGCAAACAUUGUUGGAGAAAUAGGAGAGGUUAUGACUAAAAAGAAGAAUGUACCGUCUAGUGGUAUUACCGUCUUUCAAUCAAUUGGAAUGGCGGUACAAGAUGCCGCCAUCGGAAGACUGUUUUACGACAAAUAUCAACAAAACAUCGGCUGAUUAGAGUUACGAUGUAAAUGAUGAAAUGAAUUAAAACCGUAAAAAAUAUACUUCCUUCAAUAUAUUAAAAAAAAAGACGGGUGGGUAAUGUCGGGGACAUAACCGGAGUGACGUAGGACUAUACAAAG